UCAAGGCGACGGCGCCGCAGGGGCCAGAGGAGCUGCGUGCAGCCUGCAGGGGGCGCCGCCCGGGGCGAUUUGGUUGCGGCGCCUGCCCAGCAGGGCAUUUCCGCUCCGCCUCCCGGAGCGCUCCCCGCGAUCCUCUUGGCCGAGUGCAGUGCCUGCAGCUAGAUGGCUCACGUCUUCGUGUACGGCACCCUGAAACGAGGCCAACCCAACCACAAAGUGAUGCUGGACCAGUCACAUGGCUCAGCAGCCUUCCAAGGCCGGGGCUGCACACUUGAGUCCUUCCCAUUGGUGAUCGCUGGCGAGCACAACAUACCAUGGCUGUUACACCUGCCGGGAAAGGGCCACUGUGUGGCAGGUGAGAUCUACAAGGUGGAUGAACAGAUGCUGAGCUUCCUGGAUGACUUCGAAGGCUGCCCCAGCAUGUACCAGCGCAGGGCCCUGCAAGUGCAGGUGCUUGAGUGGGAGGGUGCCGAUGACCCUGGGGACAGGCUCCAGUGCUUUGUGUACAGUACAGCCACCUAUGCCCCUGAGUGGCUGCAUCUCCCCUACCAUAAAAACUAUGAUUCUGAGGGCCCGCACGGGCUGCGCUACAACCCCCGGGAAAGCAGGUGAGGGGCCCAGUGGUUGCCUGGCUCAACAUCUGUCUAUAAAAUACGUUGACAAAAGGUCUUUGACACAAAUUUUGCAAAUGCUCUAAUCCGAUGUUACUAUUGCUUGCUAUUCAAGGGAGCUUUUGGGCUUGCAGCUAGCUACUAGGUGAGAGACACGCUGAGAUGAAGUCCCCUAAAUGUCAGUUACAGGGCACCUGGUUCUCCUUUUUUGCUUUGCUUUGCUCCAAAGAUGGCAUCUCCUGUGACCAGAGACCCGGCUGCAGUUGAAUCUCAGAAACUGAAUGUAUUGAUUCCCACAUACGAAAUCUAGAAGGAAGUGAUGGGAAAUGCUGGUUUGGGAUGGCUCCGUGGAAAAAUACCCUGAAGAAAAGCACCUAGACUAUGUAUUCCAUCACCCAUUAUACUUUCCAGAUCACAAACAAACUAUUAAAACAGCCAUUAAAAUAGAA